AUGGCCUACUCCAUUUCAACACAGAACUUUGUUGCGCUUUCAGAUCUGCAUCCAAAUCUGGCUCGCCCUAGUAUAAUCGGUGUAGUUAUUGGGAAAACAGAUGUCAAAGGUUUUCCAGACCGAAAAAACAUUGGAUCUGAGAGAUACACUUAGUUUACCAUUCGAGAUUCACCAGUUUACUUUAUAAAUGUAAAUUCUUGGGGCAGAGAGGAGUAUGUUAGGUCGCUUUCAGAAAGUUUUAGAGUAGGUGACUGUGUGACAAUUGAAAAUCCUUUAGUGCAAACAAAGGAGCUAGAAAAGGAAGAAAAAUUCAAUCCCACAACUCCUAGCUGCUACAAAUUAUUGCUCAGUGAGACUCAUUCAGUGGUCAAAAUUUGUUGCUGCUAUGAAGUGGACACCAAGCUACUUUCCCUGUUGCAUCUACCUGUAAAGGAUCCUCACGAUUACUAUUCUCUGGGUGACAUUGUUGCAAAUGGGCAAAGCCUUGAUGGAAGAAUCAUUAAUGUGCUUGCAGCAGUGAAGUCGGUUGGGGAGCCAAAGUACUUUACCACUUCAGACAAAAGGAAAGGUCAGAGGUGUGAAGUAAAGCUGUAUGAUGAAACAGAGUUGUCCUUUGCAAUGAUUUGUUGGGAUAAUGAAUCUAUCCAGCUUGCGCAGAGUUGGAUGCCACGAGAAACAGUAAUAUUUGCAUCAGAGCUGAGAAUAAAUUUUGACAAAUUUAGGAACUGCAUGACUGCAACUGUUAUAUCAAAAACCAUUUUUACAACUAAUCCAGACACACCAGAAGCGAAUAUUCUUUUCAACUUCAUAAAAGAGAGUGCAGCAAUGGGAGCUUUGGAUGACAUAACUGAGGCUCAGUUAAAAGAAGCCAUAAAUUUGCAGACUAUAGUUGACAUUUAUACUGUGGAGCAGUUAAAGGUAAAAGCUUUGCAGAAUGAGGUAAAGCCUGAACCAGUCUAUGGCAUUAUUUACGCUUAUAUUUCUACAUUGAACAUUGAUACAGAGUCAUCUAAAAUUAUACGAAACAGGUGUUCAGGGUGCCACUAUGUGGUCAAUGAAAUGUCAAACACAUGUACUUUCUGCAGUGACAACUCUUCAGAUGCUAAGUCUGUUUUUACCAGUUUUGAUUUACUAGUUGAUCUUACAGAUCACACAGGCACUCUACGUUCAUGUAACCUCUCAGAUGUUGUAGCUGAGGAAACAUUAAGCUGCACGGUCCAGGAGUUCCUCACUCUGACAGAAGAGCAGAAGACAGCAUUAAAAUGGCACCUUCUUCUGGAACGAAGCAAAAUUUAUUUUAAAUUGGUUUUGUCACCCAGUUUGAGAACCGGAUUGAGAGUGAACUUACUUUCAUGCAAACUAGCAGAUCCUGUAGAGGCUAGUCAGAGCUUGUCAGGAAAAGGAAGAAAAUAACAUUGUUUGGCUUUUUAACAGCUGGAAGGAUUUAAAAAGGUUGUACUGCAUUGAAACGACAUUAUUAUAAAAAAAGAUGUUUGAUGCAAUACUUGUAUUUUGUUAAAUGUAUUUAGAUUGGUAAAAGAGAAACAGGUUUAUUACUGAACUUUACAAAUGGGCCUAUAUCAUCUUGAUCUUUCUGUUUUAUAUUAUUCUACUUAGGAAAGCUUAUUUAGGGGUCAUUUUAGGA